AUGACCCAUGUGUUGAGUGGCACUGCCCUGCACUUGGCUAUGCAGAUUGGACUUCAUGUUGUAGGUACUGGCCAAGACUUCGCUCGUACCGUCUUGCCUUCCGAUGCCGACCAUUCUUCCAGAACCUCUAGAGCCCAGCUGUGGAUCAAAUGUCUCAUCACAUACCACAUCACGAGCUUGCGACAGGGUAUCCUGCCAUUAGUCCUUAUAGACUCUUCCCAGACAAAAUCCUUGGAGAGAGAGAUCUCUUCGAAGUUUUCAGAUGAUCUCGUGUCUCACCAACGACUGCACAACAUUCUUAUGACGGCAACUUCGUCUUUGGUGAGGCUAAUCCCGAUAACUGGAUCUGAUUCUCCAUCUGAACUACACCCCUUUAUCGGCCUCUAUGACGCACAGCUUCAAGAAAUGAUAGCAGAUAUCAGAUCCACUCUAAACACGAUAUACCUAUAUUGCUACCGCAUCCAUCUACUAGCGUAUCACUUCCUAGAUUGGCCGAACCCGGACCAUGAUAGUUUAAUCAAGCUCUAUACUAUCUCUUGCAAGCUUAUUGAGUCGUUGACUUCCGAGGACGAAUCUACCGGGUUCGCAAGAGCGUGUCUAGAAUUCAUCCAUAAGACGAUACUCCUGGCCGCCAUCUCGAUUCUCAAAAUCCAGAAAAGUGAGCUCGUGCGUCAUGUCAACUCGACCUCUGGAGAAAAAGCUUAUUUUUCUGCAAUUUACCUGUGCCAGAGGAUAUCUCUCCAGAGCAAUGAUCUUGGCGCACGAGGUGUCAUCAUUCUCGGGCAGAUGUGGACGAGUAAGAAUAUGUACCGCCAGCAGGAUGGGCGUGUCGACAGCUUAAGUACGCGCAUUCGGAGCCGGUUAUCUAUGAGUGUUGUCUUUGACAGUUUCUGGUGGUGGCGUGUUGAGUUUAACGGGCAGACUAGCCCUUAUCCAGAACAAAACCGCAUUGCUCCUGCAGUAGCGCAAGCGACUCCGUUUCCCGCUGGUCCCGUCGCUGGUAACAUGGACAUGAUGCCAGUAGAUGAGCCCUUUCCCGACUAUGACUGGGCUGUCAACUUUGAUUUUCUAGAUCAAGUCUAGACUGGUAACGAUAAACAACUUUUCAUCUCAUACGUAUGGACUAUGGUGGAUAAUAUG